UAAUUUUUGGAAUAAAAUUAGAGUUGCGGAUUUCACCCUUUGAGCACACAGAAGACACCGCACAUCUCAGGAUUACGUUUCACAUUCUAGUUAUAGGAUAACGGCUGUAAAAAAAAGGCGGUGUGCAAAGAAGACGCCUAUUUGACUUUUGUUUUUAAAUAAAUUGUUUACUAAAAGUUGCAUUUUUAGAUACAUUAAGCAUGCGUCUGCAGAGUGUGUUUCGUGCGGUGAUCAUGGGCCCCCCGGGCUCAGGGAAGGGGACCGUGUCCAGUCGGAUAGCGCAGAGUUUCGGACUCAAGCAUCUCUCCAGUGGGGACUUGCUGCGGGCGAAUAUCGAGGCGAAGACAGAUUUGGGCCUGCUGAUGAAGUCGUGUAUUGAUCAGGGUCAGCUGGUUCCUGAUGAUGUCAUCUCUCGUCUCAUCCUGUCCAGUCUGAGGAGUAUUGGGCAGAGCAGCUGGCUUCUAGAUGGUUUCCCCCGUACUGUUUCUCAGGCUGAGGCGCUGGAGAGCAUGUGUGAUGCAGAUACUGUUAUCAACCUGAAUGUGCCUUUCCAGACCAUCAGAGAGCGUCUAACGUCACGCUGGGUGCAUCUUCCCAGCGGCAGGGUCUAUAAUAUAGACUUCAACCCGCCAAAGAAGCCAGGUCUUGAUGAUGUCACCGGAGAACCGUUGGUUCAGAGAGAUGAUGACACUCCUGAAACUGUCACCAGAAGACUAAAGGACUAUGAGAGACAGACACAGCCAGUUCUAGAGUAUUACAGGAGUAAAGGAGUGUUGGAGACAUUCACAGGAACUGAAACCAACAAGAUAUGGCCUCACAUUCAUGCCUUCCUGACCAGGAAAAUCCCAGGAAACCAGCAGGCAAUGGGAAAAGCAUGAUUCCAAUGUUUUGGACAACAGACAAUUACAAUUGUAAAACACACUGUGGGGUCUAAGCACAAUGCACCUCAAUGGCCUUAACCUACUGUAUUUAGAGUUGAAACACUCGUAUGUUGAAGCGUUUGAUUUGUGCCAAACUAAAUAAGGAUACCACACAACACAAGGUUUAUGGCCAAACUAGUGCUUCGCUCGAGCACUGCCACUUUAAGCAAACAAACUUGCUUAGAGUAUUACAGAAGUAGUCAUACUAAGAUUAAUAAUUCACUCAUCAGUUCAAUUAAUUUCCAACUUUGUGUCAGUAUAAGUAAACAAACCCGUAGUGUGAAACAGUAGAGUUUUGUUUUUAAAUGAAGUGACUCCAAAAUGUGGACGCAACAGUUCCAAAACAUUCCUGUUAUUUUUAGCCAUAUUAGCAUUUAUGAUAAAAUCUUACUGUAAAAGAAAAAUAUAUUGAAUUAAAAAUGUCUUAAUAAUCUUU